CACAGCUGAUCACGAGAUGUGGUAAAAGGCCGAUCAUACCGGGCUUUUACCACAUGAUCAGCGGUGUCCAAUGACACGCUGAUCACAGGGAAAUGCAAGUGCCGGUUCUCGGCUGCACUUUCCUCACGCUGUCAGAUCGGCCACUGAUGAUCAGUGCCCUGAUGAUCGGUGCCCAGCAGUGCCACCCAAAAGUUCCCGCCCAGCAGUGCACCCACUAGCUCCGCCCACCUGUGCCCAGCAGUGCACCCACCUGUGCCCAGCAGUGCACCCACCUGUGCCACUCUGCAGUGUCACACACCUGUGCCCAGA